AUGACAUGUCAUCAUGUCAUUUCCGGCAACAAGCCGCCAUUCCCGCACCAAGCCUCUACAAUCAAGGUCACCACUGCCGGAAUCCACGUAUCGCCCCGUUCGCAGUCCGACCAGGCACCCAACCGCACCUCAGCAACAGGCUCCCGUACAUCAGCAAGUAGCUCCCCUCGGUAUAUCCUAACCCGUACACCGCAGUACAAAGACAGCCCCGGCAGGUGA